AUGGAAAGAAAGAACCUAUCUCUGAUAUUGAGAACAGUGGAAGAUCACCCUGGGGCCAUAGAUAAACCAAGGGAUGUAUCUCCAGAGUCUUCGAACAAUGAGCCAGCCGACAUGGCACCGCUCCGAGGGCUUUCCUUCCUCGAUCGCUUCCUCGUGGUCUGGAUAUUUCUCGCCAUGGCCAUAGGCAUCAUACUGGGCAACCUUAUACCUUCCGCUGGUCCCUCGCUCCAGCGCGGAACUUUCGUUGGCGUAUCCGUGCCCAUCGCAGUCGGCCUGCUCGUCAUGCUCUUCCCGAUCCUCUGCAAGGUUCGGUACGAGACGCUGCACAAGCUGCUCUCCCGACGCAGUCUCUGGCGGCAGCUCCUCGUCUCCUUCGUGCUCAACUGGAUCCUGGCGCCGCUGCUGAUGACGGGUUUGGCAUGGGCGUUCCUGCCGGACCGGCAGGACCUGCGCGAGGGCCUGAUAUUCGUGGGCGUGGCGCGCUGCAUCGCCAUGGUGCUCGUGUGGACGGACCUGGCGCACGGCGACGGCGACUACUGCGCCGUGCUGGUCGCGGUCAACAGCCUGCUGCAGAUCGUGCUGUUCGCGCCGCUGGCCAUCUUCUACACGCGCGUGGUGAGUGGCGGCGGUGAGGGGCAUUCGACGGCCGCCGCGACGGUGCGGUACGAAGUCGUGGCGAAGAGUGUGGCCGUCUUUAUGGGCAUCCCCCUCGCCGCCGCCGUUCUUACGCGACUUGUCCUCCUCCGCGUGCUCGGCCCAUCGCGCUACCUGACUUACUUCAUCCGGCCGCUCUCGCCGCUCUCGCUGGUCGGGCUGCUCUACACCAUCGUCGUGCUGUUCGCGUCGCAGGGGGCGCACGUCGCGCACCAGAUCACAUCGGUGCUGCGCGUGGCCGCGCCGCUGGUCGUCUACUUCAUGCUCGUCUUCGGCGGCACCGUGCUGCUGUGCCGCCGCGUGCUGCCGCGCUGGCUGGGCUGCGACGACGGCUACGCCGUCGCCUGCGCCCAGAGCUUCACCGCCGCCAGCAACAACUUCGAGCUGGCCAUCGCCGUGUGCGUCGCCACCUUCGGCAGCGGCAGUGGGCAGAGUCUUGCCGCGACUGUCGGCCCGCUCAUCGAAGUUCCGGUCCUCAUUGGGCUGGUGUAUGUCCUGAGGUUUGUGAAGAAGAGGUGGGAUUGGGAGGGCUGA